AUGCCUGUUUCCGAAGACAGGCCGUCAUUCCUUAUCGAGGCUUGGACCCUCUAUGGUAUUGGCACUUCUAUCAUCUUUGCCCGGUUUGCAGUACGCUUCAAGACUGUCGGGAUUCGUGGACUGCAGGGCGAUGACCUGUUUUCCAUCCUAGUCCUACUGUUCUAUACAGUGGAUGCAUUUACAGUGCAUUUAAUUUAUUACCUAGGCACGAACAUCGAAGGCGGAGUCGCAGCACAGUCACACACAUUGACCGACGAUGAACUCGACCAGUACAUCAGAGGAUCCAAACUACAACUCGCAGCCUGGUAUGCUUACACGGCACUCAUUUGGUCUCUCAAGGGCACUAUGCUGUGCUUCUUUUCUCGUAUGACGAUUGGUACAUGGCACAAUGUGUUCGUCAAGACAGUCUCUAUCAUUUCCGUUAUUUCAUAUACCGCUGUCUUUCUUACAAUUACCUUUGGAUGCUUUCCUUAUCAACAUAACUGGCAGGUUCUGCCAGCUCCUGGGUCGCAAUGUACCUUGAAGAUGCAGAACUUCUUGGUAACAACUGUAUUGAACGUCUUGACUGACGGUCUCAUUCUCUGCAUUCCCUUGCCUCUUCUCUGGAAGCUUCAGGUCCCCUUCCGCAAGAAAAUCGUUGUUGGACUUCUCCUCUCUUCGGGCGCUUUCGUCAUCGCAGCAGCCAUUACUCGUGUCGUCCUCACCCUUUCCGCCAAUCCUUCUGCACUCACGAUCAACUCAUGGGGUGUACGAGAGACCAUCGUCGGAAUUCUCACAGUCAACAUUCCCAUCCUACGACCCUUGUUCUCGAAAGCGUUUUGGACGGGACAGUCCAUCACCAACGUCAAUUCUUCAUACCAAACAACAAGCCGAACAAGGGGCACGCGUGGCGGCCACGGAACGACGGACUUGGGCCCUUACGAACUUACUCCGAGCAUUAAUGAGGGGGCCAAGCCAAGCGACAGAGGAAGCCAGGAUUCCAUUAUACCGAAGACUAUCAAGCUGGCUGAUAUCGUUGUUUCCAAGUCGUAUAAUGUGUCACACGACAACGGUGUUGAUAAUGGAUCGUGGUAUGGUGAUCAGAACGGGGCAUCCAAGGCCUCUGUACACGCCGAAUCACAUGUUUAA